UUUGACAGCAGCUGCAGAUCAAAACUCGUAUCAAAAUCAGGCUCGUUUUCUUUAUCCGUCACAAUCGCAAAAAAAAAUAUUGCCCUUAUCGAGAGGUGCAGCAAAUGCAGUUCUCGGUAUUGCGUGUAUUUUCGGACGUGAUAAAUUCGUCGUAAUAGUUUUACGUCUUCGAGAGGAAAAAAAAACGCCCAACAUUUGCAUCGUUCGUUCGGUUGUGUUUAUACCGUCAUUCGGGACACCCGGAGAGUGCCCCGUGAAACCGUCAAGAUAAAGCCCCAGGCAGAGCAAGACCAGCAGCAGGCGGAAGAGCGGACGGAAAGAGAAAGUGUGUCGUCCUCAUCGGACACCUCGUCGUCGUCAUCGUCUACUUCCGCCGUUGUGCUGCACCACCAGCUGCCCGGAGUGGAAUCUUCCGAGCAACAGCAUCAGCUCGAAAUACACCUGCAGCAGGGUUGCUCCACGGAUCCUCUCCCGGAUCAACAGCAGCAGCAGCAGCAGCAGCUGGUAGCAGGUGAUCUGUUACUGGCGAUUGCACAAAACGACGACGCAGCGCUUCACAUCGAGCAAGCUGUCGUGGCCGAAGAAGCAGCUGCACCGACUGUGAACGGUGGGGAUCCGAACCCCAGUGGCGAACGGAGAGACGACUCGGUCGGGACCGGAAGUGGAAACGGAAGCAGUACCAACAGCUGCGGUAGCAUUCGAUCCGGAUCGCGAUCACCACCCAGAGACAGCAUGCCGGUCAAGGUGGACAUCGUACCGCCCCCGCCAAACAACUCCAAGCAGCUCGGUGUCACCAAGUCACUGCUGUACAAUGGGUCGAAAUUUCGCGGUUACCAAAAGUCCAAGGGGAACUCCUACGACGUGGAAGUGGUGCUACAGCAUGUGGACGAAGCAAACUCGUAUCUUUGCGGCUACCUGAAGAUCACCGGUCUGACAUUUGAGUUCCCCACGCUGACGACCUUCUUCGAUGGGGAGAUAAUUUCCAAGAAGUAUCCCUUCCUGACCCGCAAAUGGGAUGCAGACGAGGACGUCGAUAGGAAGCAUUUCGGAAAAUUUGACGCCUUUUUAGACUAUCAGAAAACUUUCAAUUCGGACGAUUUCGACUACGACGAACUGCACAAGAGCGAUUACGUUUUUAUGAGAUGGAAGGAGCACUUUUUGGUACCUGACCACAAAAUUAAGGACAUCAAUGGAGCAUCAUUUGCUGGGUUCUACUAUAUCUGCUUCCAGAAGUCGCGGGCGGUUAUGGAAGGAUACUACUAUCAUAGGUCAUCUGAAUGGUACCAAUCUCUGAAGCUUGAACAUGUACCGGAGUCUUGCAUACAGAUUUACGAGUUCAGAUAAAUCAAAUCAAGUAAGUACAGAUCCGGAAUGCCACUCGAUAGCGAAAAACAACAACAAUCCGCGCUUUGAUAGAUAUUAGUAUCAAAACUUAAACCCCAUUUUAUUUUUAUAACACCUUCAACGAUGUUAUCUAAUCUAGUAGUUUAGUCUUUAAAAGAGAAGAAGAGGAAGGUGAAAAAACAAAAACAAAUCAGUAGCAAUGCAGAGCAAAUGCAACAUCAAAACGAAAAUGAAGUAAAUUAUUUGGAUUGAUAGUGCCAUCUCGCUUGGUGACACUGCUUAGCUAUAGAAGAAAACGCAUUGUUUAUGUUACGAAGCAUAAUUUGACUAAACAGCGAAACAAAAACUGUACGAAUCCUGGUGUAGAGUAGAAUGUCACCUUCAUCGCUUCACAUUUCCCUUGUUUUUCGUUUAACAUAAUAAAAUCAACAGCUACUGUUAUUCAUGUAAAAAAUCAGCUUUCGUUUGCUAGUUGUUCUACUCUACACAAUUGAGAUUCAACAGUUUUUUUUCAAAGCAUUCGGCUGAAUAGCGAUUCGGAAGACCUUCCCGAAAAACGUUCUAAAUCCGCUUUUGCUUUUUGAUUUCACAAACUCCAUGCAAUCGUUACUACUAAAACAUGAAACGACUGAUGAUUUGUCACAUUUCUAUACACACUCGGAUACGAAAUCGUGGCCGGUGGAUUUUGUUUAAAAUCGACACAGUUUAAAUAAGAAAUAAACCCGGGGUGCACCUUCCGGUAUUCAAGCAGAGAAGCAACGAAAACCUUAAUAUAUUUGCAAUUAGAACAGGAACACAAACAUAUUUUGCAAUAAGAACGACAUCAAAUAUUGGGAAUGUUAAAAUUUCGAAAGAUGUUCAUUGAACCCAAAAAUCCAGAAGCAAAUGAACUGCACUUCGUAGUGUUGCUGUAGCGUCUAUAGAAAAACAAACAAGCAAAAAAAAAAUACUGUAGAGAGGUUCUUUCUUGAUAUAAUAAGCUAACUGAAUAUUUUACCUGAAAUGCCAUUUUUUCUGUUAACUGUACGGAUUAUUUAAUAGCUUUCGUAAUCUUAGAAACUACUAGGAAUCGAGAAAAUUUAAUUGUUUUACGAUAAGACGUCUCCGUGUACGUAACCAUCCCAAAAUAAUAAAAAAAAAAUGGCGCAGAACGAACAAAGCAGGCGGUGUUUAAGGUGUAGGAAUUAGUGCAUUUUCUGUUACUUUUCUUACUGUCCCAGUCCAAUUGUUUCGCUGGAUUCGAAUUCGAAUCGCCACCAUCAACAACACCAUCAUUGUGGACUACCUGGGUACUCUGUUUUCAAAUUUGGGAUUUCGGCCGAUCGAAGGGACGAAAGAUACAACGCGGAAUGUUUCGUGCUGACCGCGAAUGGGUUUGACAAAAAAGUUUUCGCCCGGCAUUAUUAUGAUAUUACUAGACAUACUAAAUAUUAUAGUUGUACUUUUCCCUUGUAACAAAUUUGGGUCAGAAACGUGAAUACACAAAUAUACAUAAUAUAUAUAUUUUCAAUAAAAUGAUUCCGCGUGAGUGCAGCGCGG